CUCUUGUAGUAGCGUACGCUUUGUGAGCCUAUAGUAGAAUUGAAUAUAUACAACCACCACUUUGUAUUUGUAUUAUAUGUUGAAGAAAAACAACACAUAGAAAACCCCCUGGGUGAGUAGCAUGACAAAAGAUGCAAGGAAGUGCUCUCAUUGUGGGCAGAAUGGACACAAUUCAAGAACAUGUAAUUAUAAUUCGAAAGGAAUCAAAUUAUUUGGAGUUAGGAUCGACGAUACUAAUAAUAGUCACCAUGUUGAUACAAAAAUGAAGAUGAAGAUUGUAGAUCAUGAAUCGGCCAUAAGGAGGAGCAAAAGUCUUGGUAAUCUUGAAAUUCAUGACCACAACGCCGUCGUUGACGCUGGCUAUCUUUCCGAUGGCCCCAUUCAUUCCUCCAUAAAUAGAAAAAAAGGAACAUCAUGGACAGAGGAAGAGCACAGAUCUUUCUUAAUUGGUUUAGAAAAGCUUGGAAAAGGUGAUUGGAGAGGAAUUUCCAAAAGUUAUGUCCCUACAAGGACUCCAUCUCAGGUGGCUAGCCAUGCCCAAAAGUAUUUUAUCAGAAUGGCUUCAAAUGAUAAGAAAAAACGUCGUCCUAGUGUGUUUGAUGUGAAUCUAAAAGAUUCGAAUUCACAGAUUCCUUCUAAAGCUUCUUCAUCUUCACUUUCUAUCUCAAACAUGGCUCCUGAAGUCCCGAAAGAGGCGAGUGCCCCAUUGGAGCAACUGUUCGACACUUGCCAAAUUAAAGGACAGGCUAGCAAAGCUGCUCCUUGUGCAAGCCGUGAAAGACCCCCACUUUCACCCAUGACUAGACCCUUUGGAGUCCCUGACAUACGCCAUAUGCCUUAUAUGAUGGGAGUACCCAGGGGCCUUACAGCAGCCAAAGUAAUAGCACCUACGGUCUCGUGGGUUCCCGUAUUCAAUUUCCCACCUAAUCAAAACCAUCUUUUAAAUUACCGAUUUGCACCUUUUGUGGCACGGCCACCUACUGCUGGUCUAUUGUCACACCCACCUCCUUCUUCUCAAGUUCAAUCUCAGCCAGGGCAUUCAACUCCAGUGACAAAUAACGAUGGUUUAAACAUCAGUAUUGGAGCUCUUUGAGUUUAUUUUUGAAGUAAUUCUUUACAAUAGUUGGGCAAUUUUUGGGUCGUUCUUUUGCCUAGCUACUUUUUGGUUUGCUUUAUUUAUACUUUAUUUAUUGAGGUAAAGAGAAUAGAAGUUUGCGGCUAUUGAA